UUUAUGCAAAAUAUAUUUCCCAAAAAAAUUAUCUUUCAUUUAUUCUUUUUUCUAAACUAUUUUUCUCAUCCACUGACUCCCUCAUUCCUUCAUUUGGAGAUUCAUGAGACUUUGAAUUUUGAUAAGUUUUCCUCACAUUUUCUGGUGAAAGUCCGAUCUAUUUAUUUUAAAUGUUAAUUAAUUUCUUUUUUAAAAAUUACUGCAAUUUUGAUGGGCAAAAUUUUGUUUUGUGAAGAUGUUGGAAGUAUUGUUUCCCCAUUAUUACCAAUCUUUUUAAAAGCAUCUUUGAAACAAAUUUUUUGUUGGGUAUUUGAUGAUUUUAUGCUU